AACAUAUUGAGGCAUUUAAGUACUUAUUUGACUUGCACCACAAUAGGAGGAGCGUAAGUACCGGAGCUGGCUGAACGGAUACUAGAGAAUGCCCCGAGCUGGUGCCCGAAACCAGACCGAUAGACAGCUCGGACUCGGACCUUUCAUCGUUAUGUAUAGUAUACAUGCAGGGCCUCAAGGACUGGACUAGAACUUCUACGCGACUUUCGUAUUAUUCACUGCUACUGAGCGACGCCUGCGCAGGUUUUUACCUUUCGUGAUGAACGCAUCACGCAAAAAAUGAAAAUUGAAAACUCGAAAGUGAGUUAAUAGUAAAGCGGCGUUCAUCUUUGUCCAUUAUAUUAACCGUCAGGAAAGACACCUCAAAUAAGAAUAACCAUGUACCAACUCGCCUCCCCGUCCGAUCCCUUUGAGCACCGGGUAUCUCCCGGAAAACGCCGCCUCAUCCGCGGUCCGAAGGAUGGCGAAGAUAUUCCGGAGAUACUUCCCAUUCUUCCCUUCACAGACGUGCUGAUUGACCUCUACAAGGGCGGCACGAAAUUCGUCUAUGAUAUGCAAAUAUGUCUGGGUCUGGAAGAAUGCGAAAUUUGUCAUGCUAGUCUGGCAUGACUCUGCACUCUGUAUUGCGUGGCCACCAAGAGGUCCUCUGGCCUGUCAUGCAAAAGCGCAGCUUCUCAUGCGAAAUACGCAGCACAGAAGCACGAAAAGACUUGUCAUGCUUGGCGGCGCAUUAGAGAGCACUUAUUGUUCACGAACUUGCAUCACAAGUUCCUAGACCCAGACAUAUUUGCAUUUGAUAUCGUCAAGGAGCAAACCAUUCUGGAGAAAUUGGAGGAGAAGCGGGAGCUCUACAAGUCCGUCGCGGGAGAGGAGUCCUACCAACAGGACUUAGCCGAAGUGGGCUGCCGGUCUACCGAUCCAAACGGCUGGACGGUUUUGCACUGGGCGGUGCAGAAUGACUUUCUCGAGGUCGCGAAAUGGGUGUUGGAGUUGGAGAAAUUCAUCAAUUUGAACGACGCAGAGCAAUUUGGAAGUCCGAAUAACGCGAUGAGUCCAGGCGGGGACUCCAAUUACCACUACUUUUCCGCCGCAGAUAAGUACGGGCAGCGAUGCGCACAGGACGAGUAUUUCUAGUGGUUUUUUGCACGAAGUGCGUUUAUCUGUCAUGCGGAAGUCGCUAAUGCAAAACAAAAGCACGAACCUGUCAUGCGCGGGCUGAAGCUGAUCGCAAGUUUAUUCCAUCACCAUAUAUAGGGUAUCCUGCAAUACAAAUAAAUAUCACAGGCACGGUCUGACACCGGUGAUGCUUGCGGUCUUCCUAUGGAGAGAAAAAAGUUUGUCACAGUCACUAUGUUGGAGAUUUUGCAUUACAAAUUUUUCUAGCAUCACAACUUUUCUUUGCAUUGCAGAAACACUAAGGGAAAUCCCUUAUGAAAAAGGCUGUGAUGCAUUUUUACGCAUGACAGGCAUUUUUUGUAUUGCAAAAACACCCAUGAGUGAUCGUGACGAACUUUUUUUCUCAGGAUACUUCCUCGGCCACCAGGACAUGCUCGAACUCCUCAUGAACGGCGACGUCAGCCUCGGUAUGGAUUGCAAAUAUGUCUGGGUCUGGGAGAGCCAAACUUGUGAUGCUGCAUUUGGAUGCUAAAAAAAUCUGUAUUGCAUCAGCAGCAAGAGGGGUCAAAUUUGGCUACGCGGAGAGGGCAUUUGUCAUGCAGGACGCGCAUCGAUACGCGGAGAGGGCAUUUGUCAUGCAGGAUGCGCAUCGAUAGGCGCUCAAAAAAUCUGUGACGCUAUGGCAUACAUCACAGACAUCAUGGAUCAUGGAAAAUGUGCAUGACAAACUUCUCCUCUUCCAGACCCAGACAUUUUUACAUUUGAUACUCGGCAUUGCGCCGCUGAAAGACCCCAGCUCUAGCACCUGCUCCUUCCUUAUGACAGUGCACAGCCCCCCUCGUCCCCCUCAUUUGUAUUGCAUGAACGGCAAUACAAGCCUAAGCAAGAAUGCCGGUUUUGCAUCACAAAUUCGCACUGGAGUGUAGUGCUAUUUGGGCACCCAGAACUUGUCAUGCAAACAGUGCUAAGACUCAAAGGGUGAAUUGGGUAUUUUGCAUGACAAAUGAGAGGGACGACGAGGGGGAGUUGUGCACUGUCAUAUUCCUGUACGAAAUCCGGAAUAACUACGACUGCACGGUGCUGCACUACGCUGCUAUGCGAGACCGGUGCGACAUGAUUCCGUUUUUGCUCUAUCGAGAAGAAAGAUCCCCCCUUCCCAUAUCAAAACAAAUCUGUGAUGCAGAUUUGUGGUCACAAGUCAGCUUUUUCAUGCUAGAAGGCAAAAGAUGCGGGCUGUAGUGCUAGCGGCGUGGGAAAGCCUUGCGUCUUCAGCAUGACAGGAGGCAGGUGUGAGUGGGAAACAGCAUGACAAGCUGCCUGCAAACGAGGCGACAACUGCGCCUCUUUGCCUUCUAGUAAUACAAGUCCACUUGUGUACUCAAAUACAGCUUCACAAAUUUCGCUUGUGAUAUGGGGGUGGGAGAUUUUUCAUUUUGAUACGCUCUCCUUCCUAGACAGCGACGAGGACAAGUACAUGCUGUUAAACGCCGAAGAGUAUCCACUGCAAAAGUAUCGUACUCGUACUACUUGCACCUAUACAUGACAAAUCUACCUGCUAGGGUAAGUCCGCAUUACAAAUUUCACUUGUAUUAGUGCUGAGCCAAUUUGUGAUGCAAUUUAUACAUAGUAGCACGAUGACGAUACUUUUGCAAUGCAUAAAGACCGCGCGGGCGAGACUGCCUUGCACCACGCCUGCUUCCACAUGUUCCCGCGUAUAGUAGUCAACGAUUUUGCUAUAAAAUGAUUUUUUCGCAUCCGCAUGACAUCAAUCGUGACAGCAUGACAAAAAUGUGGAUCGUGGUGUUUUAGUUGUCUGAGCAGUACACAACAAAGAACUUCUGCGCAUAACAAAAAUAAAAUUGUAUGAGCAUGUAAAUUUAAAUUUUUCUUCACAGGUACCAUCCAUGCUCUUUUGAACCAGCCCCAGACUAACGGAAACCUUCGCAACCAUGUCUCGAAACUGCCGUUAGACGUCGCAUUGGAUCGGGCAGAGUUUGCGAAGUCGGACUUCCCCAGCAUUUUGAAGCAGUUGCACGAGUACCACGAUAAAAAUUAUGAACUGCAAAAGCAUCGUACUGGUAUAACUUGCAAUACAGAUUAGCUCAGCAUUACAAAUUGAAUUUGUAAUGCGGAUUUGCCUUAACAAAAAGUUUUGUAAUGCAUAAAAGCAAUUAGUACGAGUGCGACGCUUUUGCACAGGAUAAAAACCUGCCCGAGCUGAAAUCCAACGAGGAAAUCCGGCAAACCAUCGGGCAGAUUGCGUAUGCAAGAAAAAAACUGUGUAAGUGUAACUCUGUAAUGCAGAUGAACAUGCAACAGAGUUACACCUGUCAUGCCAGACAACCAUGAAGUCCUCUUUUCGUGUGUGUCUUCCCGUACAAGCCACGCAUGACAGGUUAUUUUUUCUGUCAUGUAGAGCAAAUGCAAAUUUGUGAUGCUGUCAGCCAAAGAAAGUUACACUAGCACAGUUUUUUUCUUGGAUAUUGUGCGGGACGAGACAACAAAACGGUACCACAAGCGGCAGCUGAGGAAGAAACUGAUGCUGUUGCAGGAGCAGCAGCGACAAAUGGAGUUUGAAAAGUCGAACUUCAUGAUGUCGUAUGAACUGCAAAAGUAUCGUACUCGUAUAAAUGCGUUACAAAUUUUCUCAGCAUGAGAAAUAAAAUUUGUAAUGCUAUUUUGCCUUGACAAAGAAAUUUGUAAUGCAAGGCCUGCAUUUAUACGAGUGCGAUACUUUUGCACAGCAUAUUUCGGGCGGUAUGGGUGGAAACGGGUCGAAGUUCGCGUUUUACAUAUCCUUGGUAAAAACAGCCCCACGCCAGAGCAGUCAAGAUGGGAACUUUGCAACACAAAUCCAGAAGCUUUGGAAGCCGCGCAUGACAAGCUCCUGCUUCUUUCUGUAGUGUAGUGCAGGUUGGCGAGGACAGCUGCAUCACAAAUCCAUCCGCUUAUCCUGUUUACAGCAUUACAGAUUAUGCCAAAUAAACACGACUAUGCAUGCCUCUCACGGGGAUGCGCAUCACAAACGUUCCUGUAUACGCAAAUCUGCAUGACAAGAACUAUGGGAUGGGGACCACGUUUUUACUCAGGAUAUUACAGUGAAGAAGACCUCCAUGCGGAUGAAGUGGACCACUUCGGAGACAACGGAGAGGAAGAUGUAGAGGAUGCGGUAGUCACUAUCCUGUGUAAAAACGUCCCCACGACCCAAGAGUCACGAUGGGAAAUCUCCUAUACAAAUCACCCAGCUUUGGUUGUUGCGCAUGACAAUUUUGGCCCCAUAGUGUAAUCCUGUCUAGCAUGCUAGUUCAGCAGCGUCACAGAUCUACCGCAUCGCGCUGGUUCGAGCGUGACAAAAUCCGAAACACCACUAGAAAACGCUUCUCAUUAUGGGGCGCCGCAUGAGAAAUAUUCCCAGCAUGCAGAUUUGCAGUACAGCUCUGGGGUAGGGACAUUUUGAAUUAGGAUAGUCACCCGCGGGGACGGGUUUUGGCACCCGGCGAACGACCUCCACGGGCGGUUGGGGUCGAAGGAAGAGACGACGCUACUGAACCACGAGCAGGCCACGGUGGAAUUCGAUACUACAACGACGGCCCGGGGAACAAGUGGUGGCCAGCAUUCCGCCGGGAUGAAUGGCGCGGAGCGAAGGGCGAUGAACAGUGGCAGCGCGGGUACAGCUAAACAUAAGCUAGGGAGGGUGAACAAACACGGGGUGGCGGAGUACUAAUAAAUUCGAUCAAAACCACGCGGGUCGCAAAACUACAAAAGGCCAUCAGGCUGCUCAGCUGUUGACUUCAUAAUUUGAUGCCCAUUUAUUUUUACUAUUACUUGACUUUCGAGCGGAGAAAUCGAAAUCCGGUCGCUUUGUUUACUGUUGAUGACUUUGAACGCCACUGUUUCGUUUCCAUAUUAUUGUUGUAAAAUGCAUACUGGUUGAUAAUUCUGCCAUCACUGUAUCUAUUCAGAAGAUGAAAGUAUUGUUUGAUUGCACGACGAAAAGAUUGAAUUCCAUUUCUACCGCGCUGGGAAAAGAACGAUGUUGUGUACAUGUACAAUAGGAUUCAGUUGAACAGCCUACUUACAAGGCUUCUACGAACAAAUAGAAAACACAUCGAAAGCGGCUCAUAUCUGAUGAGGAGAGAGGGGGUGACAGUAGUAUAUAAUUGUCGCCCUGAGUAACAUCGUGUAUGUUCGAGAUGUUCGACUUCGACAAUUUUCAUCAUUCAUUAUCGCAUCUUUCAGCAC